UUUCGACUCCUCCACCACUUAUUUCUCUAACCACCUUGGCUCAUAUUUCACCAUGCUAUUCGAUAUGGAUUACCAGGCAAUCUCGUCGUCCUCUGAUCGCCCCACGUCUGCUAUCAGGCACGCAUUCUUCUCGCCGCUCUCGAGUAUACCUGGUCCGCUCAUAAACAAGUUUUUCCAGUCUGCCGCUGCUUACCACGCAUAUUCGACAGAGCUGCAUGCGAAAUACGGCGAGAUUGUGCGCAUCGGCGCCAGCUACGUGUCCCUGUCCAACACAUCGGAUACACGGCUUAAGGGAGUGGCGUAUACCAAGGGCCAGCUGACAAAGCAGAACUCAUUCUCGACUGUUGAUCCAGAGUUCAACAAAGUGCGGCGGCCGCCCAGAUUGGAGAUACCUUUGCGAUGCACACGCUACGGGGUAUCGAGGACCUGGUUGUUGGCGCGGGUGCUAACAUCGCUGAUCAAGGCGUGGGAUGCCGAGAUUUCCAAGCAAGGAGGAACAGCAAGAGUCAACUACUUUUAUGCACUACAUCGCAUGGGCAACACGGAAGUAAUUGACAAUAUGCAGAGCAUGAUGCACUUGAAGUCAAUAAUCACUGUGAUGCCAUUUGUCAACCGGGUUCCAUGGCUAUUCCCAAAGCUGAAGAAGUGCCCACCACGGGUUGACAUCCUGCAAAAGAUGAUUGAUGCCAGCGAUCCGGCGACAGGCCAGAUUAUCGAUGGAGAUAACCUCGUAUCUGAAGUUGGACUGAUGCUGAUUGCUGGAACAGACACCACCAGCAACACACUGUCGUAUACGCUUACACAUCUGCUCCACAACCCUGGUGUCUACAGGCGGGCAACGGAGGAGGUACGCAGUGUAUUCCCUGAUGCCCUGCCCUAUCUCUCAGCAGUAAUCCACGAGGCUAUGCGAUUGAAUCCAUCCGUCUUCCUGCUGACGGGGCAAACGAUCCAAGGCCAUCACAUCCCGAAGGACGCACAAAUAUGCAUAUCUGUUUUUGCCUGUCAGCGCAAUCCGCGGACUUGGGAUAACCCCAAUGUGUUCGACCCAAAGCGUUUUCUUGGCACCGACUCGGCUGAGAAGUUGAAGGAUGUGCUGACUUUCAGCUCGGGUGUUCGAGUCUGCAUCGGACGAAACCUCGCCUGGGUUGAGAUCUAUACGGUUCUUGCCAACAUUCUGCGCAGGUACAACUUCUCGCUGCCCGAGGACGCCCCAUAUGGCCCUCACAGACUGGACAGGCUUGGUGUUCCAGUCGAGAUCCCAGCCGCUUCAUUUAUCGACAACUGCUGUGUCAACAUUACUCUUGCUGGCGGCUUGAUCACUGGACCAUCUCGAACGCACCAAUCUUUACAUAUAUAUAAGAUUUUAUAGUCCAAAAAAUGACCAACCGUCCGCUAAAAUCUUUUUAGUUGGUUAAAGCAUAAAACUCUUAAGCUUCAA